UAUGGGUGGGAGUAUGACGUCAUUACGUACAGCGGGACGUCUUGUCCGUCUUGUGGACGCUUGUAGGAGAUAAACAAAAAGGAAGGAAACCUUCGGCCACACCGUCGCGGCAAAAUCGGUUUAAAAAUUCAGGUUGUCGCAGUUUAGCGACCACAUGUUACCUUCAAUCGUUUAGAAAAGUAUUACCAAGCGUAGACAAUCAUGGACGAGACGAUAAUAUUUCGUAUGAGUGCGUAUUCCGAGCAAGGAGGGAGAAAAUACAUGGAGGAUGUUGUCGAUAUAAAAAUCGAGUACGAGCCGACUGCGGCGCCAGUUGAAGAUUAUCCAAAGUCGCAGAGACACGGAGGAGCAGAAAAACCGGAGGGUGAGGCUACAACACAGACUGAAAAUGAGACACAAAAGCUCGACGCUGCCGUCGAAUCUGCUCCAGCCUCUGCUGUGUGGGUGGAGAGUCUCUCGAACGAGGACAGCGGCAACAACAUUGCACCGGCACCUCACGAAAAAGAGCACGUAGUCGACACGCGCAGGUCGGUGGCGUUCUUCGCCGUGUUCGACGGACACGGGGGUCGCGAGGCUGCACACUUCGCGCGCGACAAUCUGUGGGAUUUGUUGAAGAGGCAGCGUGGGUUUUGGUCCAAGGAUCACAGUGAAGUGUGUGCUGCUUUACGUAAAGGCUUCAUCGCUUGUCACCAUGCGAUGUGGAAGGAGCUACCGGAAUGGCCCAAGACUAUAACCGGCUUGCCCAGCACGUCGGGCACCACUGCUAGCGUGAUUGUGAUCCGUGGCGUUCACAUGUACGUUGCCCAUGUAGGGGAUUCAGCAGUGGUAGUUGGAGUGAAAGAGAAUGACUCUGAUAUCACACUCCAGGCACUUGAACUGACACAAGACCACAAACCUGAACUUCCUAAAGAAAAAGAAAGGAUUGAACGCCUGGGGGGCAGUGUCAUGAAGAAAUCUGGGGUGAACCGUGUUGUGUGGAAGAGGCCCAGACUGACACAUAAUGGCCCAGUGAGGAGGAGUACAGUCAUUGACCAGAUCCCCUUCCUAGCUGUGGCCCGAUCCCUAGGUGAUCUCUGGAGUUAUGAUUUCUACAGUGGGGAGUUUGUGGUUUCUCCGGAGCCCGAUACCACAGUGAUGACCCUUGACCCCAAAAGACAUCGUUACAUCAUCCUCGGCAGUGAUGGUCUAUGGAAUAUGAUGCCUCCCAAGAAUGCUGUUAAUAUGUGUUGUAGCCAUGACAAAAUGGUGGGACCAAAAGGAAUGUCGUGUGCUCGGCGGCUUGGAUGUACAGCACUACUUUUUUGGAAACAACGCAUGCUCCGUGCGGACAACACAACCGUUAUUGUCCUGGCUCUUCAGGAGCGCGAGGGGCCGCCUAUCGCUAUGCAUCAGGAUGAGAUUGUUGUUGACAUGGCUACUGGAAUUGACCAUGUUCCAUUCCCAGGCACUCCUUAUAACACGUGUGAGGUCCCAAAGGAGGAGCAUGAGGAUGGCAUGUUUUAUGAAGAAGAUGAGAUAUAUGGAGAAGAACAUGGGUGGACAUGCCUGGAGUGGUAGUCAGGUGACUGCUCACUAACAAAAAAAAAGUGAUGCCAAUUCCUCCCAAUUCAGAGAAAAUUCCAUGAGUCUGCAGCGGGAGUUUGGUCUGUAUGAAGCAGCUUUUACCUGACGUUGACUCUGUGGCGGUUACACCGUCUCUCUGUGAAGGCGCAGAGGAGUUUUUACAAAAAAGCAGGACUCGGCACAUCUUGAACUCAAAGGUCCUGGUCAUCUACGCGGCCGGUUACAGCCUCGAAUUGCUGCAAGUCAGCAAUUCAGUCAGAAUGUGGCUCAGAAAAGAGGAAACAGCACCUCUGAGGAAGACACUAUUUCCUUCACCGGCACCACAUCUCUGCCUCGUGCGUGUGCUGAAUCUGGUCUUAUAAGAAGUGUUUUUUGUUUUGGUUUUUUUUUUUUACCCUGAGACUAGAGGGAAAAAUCAGCAUCAUGUCCACGUUGCAUAUGUACCAGUUGUGCUGCAGGCCCCUUUUUUCCUAAGCGUAUACUUUUAUACAAAGUGUUUGUUUUUGUAAAUAUGUGAGAAAUUUGAGAUUCUAAACAUGUUAAUGUUUUAAUUACCCUGCUUUUUUCCCCUCCCUCCCUAACCUCCCACCUCUUCAAAUAUUAAUGUUUGGGAAAGUUAAAAUUUUAGAUUUGUCCAAUCUACACAGUCUAUUUUCAUACUUCUAAGUAUGUACAGUAUAUCGGAAAUAUUUAUUUAAAAAAAGAAAAAGAAAAAGAUAGAUCACUACAGUCAGUUCACAGCAACUGUAUUUUAUAUUGUUUGGACUUUUACAGGAGUGAAGUUAAAACCUCAGACCACUUGUUCGUAUCUUUCCUCCUCAAAUGAAGUGCCGCUGCUUUUAGUGAUGGUCAGAUUUGAGCUCAUAUUGUGCCGUUUGCAAAAAUAAAGGAAGGAAGCAAACCGUGGUCUGAGGUAAACACGCGGGUAUUCAUUUUUAUUUUAUUUUAUUUUUUUUAAGUUUGCACCCUUUUGUUUUCUUCACUAUCUUUGUCCAAGUAUGUACUGUUGAGAUUAAAAGCUGUUAUUCGACUAAUUGGUGAAUGUGGAGCCUAGCAUGCGCAGAGGUGUUAAAGGGUCAGUUCACCCAAAUCGGAAGAAGUCUAAGGCUACAUUUACACUGCAGGUAUUUUUGUUGCGUACAUCUAAUUUUUUUUGGAGGACCCAUGUCUGAUAUCUGUAUUUACACCACAGGGUGGUGGUGUUUUCAGGAUACUCACCUGAAAAUGGUGUCACUGUGAAUUUCAGAAAUCCUUGCCCCAAAGGCUUAAAAACGAUUGAAACCUCAGCAUGAGUUUGAACCCUCAUCCUCCACUGCACAGGUUGAAGUCAUGUGAUCAUCGCUUGUGAACAUGUGUAUUUACAUUAUUCACUUGUUCACUUUAUGGACUCCUAAGUUCCAUUGCAUUAUGAGAUUGGUGUCUUGACAUUCGUAGACACACUUGCACUGAUCUGAUUCAUAUGUGAUCCGACAGUGGGGAGCAAUAGUCUUGUGGGUUCAAUUCCUGGCUCUGCUAAUCUGCUGACGCGCCCUUGGGCAAGACACUGCUUUGAGUGGUCGUCAAGACUAGAAGUCUUUUUUUCUAUAUAAAAGCAGAAAGACCAGUAUCUGAAUCCAUGUGCUUUUUUUCCCUGUUCACACCGUCAUGGGUCAUAUCUGAUUUGUGCCACAUGGGAGGAAACGAUCACAGAGUUGUGUGACAUAAUGCAGUGUAAAUGCAGCUACCAUUGAGGUGUCUCUCCAGAUGCUUAGGUGUGCGAUUUGAGUGAGCUAGCCCUUUAAUUGCAAUACUUGUAAUAUUUAUCUCUUUGCUGAAUAAUCAUUGAAUUCCAUUCCAAGCAAGCAUUAUUUAAUAAUAUUAAUUUUGUGUUAAAGCAGGGCAGAUGGUUGUGUUGGUUGUACUGGUCUUUACCAGAGUCUAUACCUCAGUGUGAGACAGGUUACAAUUUAUUUGACCCCUGAUCUUAUUUGUGUAACGUGCAGUUUAGUAUUCGCCAAGGCAUUAACCAUGCAUUGAAAAUGUCUUCCACUUAAUUGCCAUGUGGUUUUUUUGUUCAUUUGUAGCCUGUGUUUUAAAGGUCUAAUAUGCAAUAUUUGUGUGUCAAAACGAAAAGCAUCCCGACACGCAUGUUUUGGAAAUAUUAAUAUUAACUCAUAUUAAUAUUAACUCUCUUCUCUCUGUCUCUACUGAGCCACUUCUUACUCGCUACUCGCUGUUUGUGGCUGUUGCUGCGUUCAAGUGAAACUCAGAGCUUCCACAAAACCGUUUGUGUUCAAAACGCAUCCCUCUCGUGAACUCAUUUGAACGCGGCGUAUUCAUGUACAGGUUGUGGCAUUUCCUGCGGUACUCGAAUGCAUCUGCUGGCUCAAUAACGACACACAGAGAAGGAGUGCGUUCAUAUCUGGCUCCUGACAUUUUAACAUGCACAAUGUGGCACGUUAGACCUUCCAAACACUUGAUGGUAUAUUGAACGCAGCAAGUGCCCGUGAAGGUACAGUGUGUGAAAUGUAACGUUUGUUGGUGAAGUUGCAUGAAGCAGCUGAAUAACCCUCACCUCGCUCUUUCCUUCCAAGUGUGUGAGAGAACUUGUGUUGCCUUCCGUUAAUUCACUUUGCCUAUUGUUGGCAACUGCAUUAACACGGUGGGCCGAAAUGGCUGCCUCCUUAGAGCUCACCUGACUCUGGUAUAAAUAUAAAAGGCUCGUUUUCAUUUUAUGAAAGACAUUUCAUACAAGCAGGCGAUUAUUCAGCUGUGAAAAUUAAGGAAAGUUGUUUUUAUCGUCAAUUAAAUAUAAUUUCACCUAAACUUUACACACUAGACCUUUUUUUUUAAGAAUAAAAAAGUGAUUUUAAGUUGUGCUAACAUGGCAGCUCACCUACCAUUCUUGCCGAUUCCUUUGCCUUAUAUUUUUUUUACAUAAAAACGUCAUGAUUGCCUUUGCACAAAUUAGUCACAGGUGCUAUUCACGUGGUUUUUACAUGAUGGAGGCCCCCCCCUCACUCAGCUCCGGCCCUGCACAUUCUUUUCUACGCCACUCACAAUAUGUCAAUGUUUGUACAGUGGGUCCAUAUGCAAAUGAUUAUUAUUAUAAUUAAUAUUAUUGUUCUUAUGCAAAGUCAUUGGUUCCAGGAGUCUGGCAUGCUCAGAGCUACUCUGUAUAUUGUGAAGUGUCCAGAGGUGAUGGAUGUUAAUGAGCAUGUGUUAUUACAAUACUUGAGUCUUGGCUUCAGAGUCACUGCCGCUGCUUCUCAAGUCUCACUAUAUACUGUAUGUUAACAUGCUUUAAAAGUGACUGGUGUACAUUUUCCGUGUGUUGUAAUAAAGUUCUCAUUUUUCACUA